AUGGAAUAUGAUGAGCAGGUCUCAGCAAGGUUGGACAUGAGCCUGGACGAGAUCAUUGGUCAAGAACAGCAAGAUGGUUCGGGCCAGAUGAAAAAGCGCAAAGCCAAGAGCGGAUUUACAGGUUCUACUGCUGUCCCGCCUCCUACAACGCUUCCUUCACCGUAUCGACCCCCACCAGCUUUACAGAGUGAAUAUGUAGGCAGACCUGCUGCGCCUUAUACCCCCGCCCCUGGGGGCAUCGGCAGUUUUUCUUCUAGGCCUGGACCCCCUGCAAGGCCGCUGCCAGCGCUGAUGGGGCCCGCAGCCGGCAGGCUGCCUGCAGCUCCCCCUUUUGCUAUGGGUCCUCGACCUCCUUUUCCUGUACCUCUUGGCCAUCCCAGGAUGGAUGCGAGAUGGCCGAGGCCGCGGCAUCCAGGCGGGGGGUUUUUGGUGCCUCCAAACGGUGUACAGCCUCCACCUCCCCCCGUUGGGGAUCCUUCUGGCGGACCUCCACGAGCUUUCCCCUUGCCUCCUCGGCCGAGUGGCACGGGCGAGCUCGAGUACACUCAGAUGCGGCCGGUGGUUGGACCUUACGUAGACUCGCGCGCAUCGGGUCCGUCAAGGCCUGUGUGGAGGCGCUCUCGGUACGCGGAUGAAGUGGAGGGACAAAACGGGCACCACUCGCCGCACAACCCAAUGGCGUACUCAGUAGGUCUUCCAGCCUACGGGCCUAGCCGUAGUCCGCACCUUCUGGAUGAGUCAAGCGGCCCUGUGCCAAAGCAGAUGCCCUACGGAUACGGUUCGAGGUGUCCGUCUACUGAGUACUAUGGGUCAGCGUACCGGAGGGACCCGGCAUUGGAACGGGGCUAUGCUAACUCUGCUUCUCCAGAGGAGCUGGUAUCCCCCUCGGUUCGGCGUGGUCCCUCUGGUGAUCCUGAAAGCGUUUGGAACACACAGCCAACUCCAGAUCAAUGCGUCAGCGCCCGAGGAUUGAGGAAUUUCCCGGCCCGAGACGCAGACCUUCCAUCUGGGGCUCGCGCUGGUGCUUGUUUAGCAGAAGGAAGGGAAUUCACAGUGAUAGUUUCAAAUGUCCCCAAAGAUCUCCCGGCAGUGGAAAUCCAGGAAGCUUUCAGCUGUAUGGGGACUGUCUUACGCACCGACAUUAUGCUCAAUAGCAAGGGAGAACACACUGGCCGGGUGUGUAUUGCGUUUGCCUCUGCGGAAGCCGCGAAGACAGCAGUGGCACAAUUUGACAAGGGCGAUCUUAAUGGAAACACAAUUAGGGUUUUCGCGGAAUGA